AUGGAUCGCACCGUUGGAAAAGAACCUCAACCUCAUCUCCCGAUGACUGCCGAGCCCCAACAUGGGAGCCUCGCUCAAGAUAGCAGCAGCGCACCCCAACACGAAAAUGCCUCUGAAGGUGAUAACACCGGAAAUGUCAGAAGCCGGAGCUGCGGGAAUGCCAGCGGCUCUAAGCGUAUGCAAAGAUUGUUUGGCAGCUUGUGUCAACACGGCUCUGACAAGUCAGGAUCGAAUAUCCCGGCAGCUCAAAGGGGCAGCAAGAGUAGCGAGCCGGAGUACGAGGACAUCCCGCUGGUUCCGAUGACUGGAGAGUCCCACGCCGAUCAGCCAGAACCGGCCAAGCCGGCUGCUACCAAGAAGACCAUCACCAAACGAACCGGCCAGGAUAACCAACAGGAGCAGAGCUCGACCCAGGGGCCACAGCCGCAAAGGUGGCAGGCGGACCUCGUGCUACGGGGUAAACCUAGAGCCACCCAAGCCGGACCGGAUGGGAGCGAGACCAGCGAAUUCACGUUCCGUGGCGGGGACACGGGAAACUGCGCCAGAGAACCCUGCGGCUGCUGCGCGUAUUGGAUCAACAAGAUCUGCUGCGGUGACGAUGAUUGA